AUGUCUGGACUUAAGAUUUUCACAAUUCUUCUGGCCAUCUCUCUAGUGGAAGCUAAACUAGUUGCACGAGGACAUGCCUACUGUCAUUUCUCAAUUUGUAACAAUGGAACAUGUAUCCAAACCGCCGACUACUUCCGCUGCCUAUGUCCCCCGGAAUCUGUCGGGGACUAUUGUCAGUACAAGGCCUGUAACCUGGACAAUGUCUGCAUGAACAGCGGGACGUGCCAGGGCGGACGGUGCGUGUGUCCGGAGCCUUACAACGGCGAUAAAUGUGAAUAUAAAAUAUACCGCAAGACUUGGGACACUGACAAUGAAAAUGAUUUCCAUGUAUAUGGACAGAUUAGCAUUCAAACGACAGGACAAGAGAACACUCCUCACCACGGGCAAGUCGGCAAAGGCGAAGGAUUCAUACUCACCCUAUACGACAUAGCAUACAAGUAUUUAGGGUUUGACUAUUGUGUGAGAUUUCUAUACAACAUCGCUCUCGAUGAUAAGAUUAGUGUGCAUCCCGCCAUUUUUGACGUUUACCAGAGGCGUAAAGAAAUCGUACCCUUCCAAAAUAGGAUGGUUGCCAACAGCAGCGCUUUCAUCAGGGACGGUCAUUGGCAUGAAGCCAAAUUCAACGUGCACGGCUGGGAGCAGGCGGACUUGAUAAUAUACGCAGCGUCGGCAAACACCUCGUACAUCGCUAUAGAUCAAGUCAAAGUGAUGAGAACAGACUGUGCCAAUAUUGGAAUCUAAAUAACCUCGAUUUGAGUCUAGAAUACACUGAUGUUCAAUUGUCAUAAGAUGAACUACAAAUAAAGACUAAUGAA